GAUGUCUUUAUCACGUGACGCAGCGGCGACGUAACAGCGUUCAGCCACCGUAUGCUAACCAGCUAACAGGCUAACGGUUGCUAGCCAGUGGACAUGAACGGGCGCCGGGUCACAGCCGGUCGGCGGCUCGGACACACACCGCGACACUGACCCCCAGCCUCCGCGGCUCUCCCAGAGGAAGGUCCCCGCUCCCCCCCGGCGGAUUAACACUUCAGUCUGCGUUUGGUUUUGUCAGUUAUCUCUCUCUCUCUCUGCUCAGAGUUACACAGUCUGGCUCCGCUAGCUCAUUAGCCGCGGUGAGAGCGUCCGACCCCUCACAGCCAGCCGGGCCACAGAGCAGGACAACCGGCAUGUGCGAUGGCAUCGGUCCGAGUGGCAGUCCGGGUCCGACCCAUGAACAGGCGGGAGAAGGACUUGACUGCAAAAUGCAUCAUAGAGAUGGAGGGAACCAAAACCAGCAUCACCAACCUGAAGAUCCCCGACGGCAUCACCGGGGACUCGAUACGCGAGAGAACCAAGACCUUCACGUACGAUUUCUCCUACGACUCGGCCGACUGUAAAAGCACCAACUUUGUCUCUCAGGAAAAGGUCUUCAGAGAUCUGGGCUCCGACGUCCUCAAGGCGGCGUUCGAAGGCUACAACGCCUGCAUCUUCGCCUACGGCCAGACCGGCUCGGGGAAGUCCUACACCAUGAUGGGAAUCCCAGGAGACGCCGGGCUGAUCCCCAGGAUUUGCGAGGGUUUGUUCAGCCGCAUCGCCGGAGCGAGUCGACGAGACGAAGCGUCGUUCCGCACGGAGGUCAGCUACCUGGAGAUCUACAACGAGCGAGUGAGAGACCUGCUGAGGAGGAAAUCCACCCAGACCUACAACCUGAGGGUGAGGGAGCACCCCAAGGACGGCCCGUAUGUCGAGGAUCUGUCCAAACACCUGGUGCAGAACUACAGCGACGUGGAGGAGCUGAUGGAGGCCGGCAACAUCAACCGCACCACCGCCAGCACCGGCAUGAACGACGUCAGCAGCCGCUCCCACGCCAUCUUCACCAUCAACUUCACGCAGGCGAAGUUCGAUGCGGAGAUGCCCAGUGAGACGGUCAGUAAGAUCCACCUGGUGGACCUGGCGGGCAGCGAGCGAGCCGACGCCACCGGAGCGACGGGCGUGCGGCUGAAGGAGGGAGGCAACAUCAACAAGUCGCUGGUGACGCUGGGAAACGUCAUCUCCGCCCUCGCCGACCUGACGCAGGACGGCGUGAACACCAACCUGAAGAAGAAGUCUGUGUUCGUCCCGUACAGAGACUCGGUGCUCACCUGGCUGCUGAAGGACAGCCUGGGCGGGAACUCCAAGACCAUCAUGAUCGCCACCGUUUCUCCCGCGGACGUGAACUACGGCGAGACGCUCAGCACGCUCCGCUACGCCAACCGAGCCAAGAACAUCAUCAACAAGCCCACCAUCAACGAGGACGCCAACGUCAGGCUGAUCAGGGAACUGCGGGCUGAGAUCGCCAGGCUCAAGGCUCUGCUGGUGCAGGGCAACCAGAUCGCUCUGCUGGACUCUCCCACGGCGCUGAGCAUGGAGGAGAAGCUGCACCAGAACGAAGCCCGAGUUCUGGAGCUGACCAAAGAGUGGACCAACAAGUGGAACGAGACGCAGAACAUCCUCAAGGAGGAGACUCUGGCUCUGAGGAAGGAGGGCAUCGGCGUGGUGUUGGACUCGGAGCUGCCUCACCUCAUCGGCAUCGACGACGACCUGCUGAGCACCGGCAUCAUCCUCUACCACCUGAAGGAGGGCAGGACGUACGUGGGCAGGGAGGACGCCGCCACCGAGCAGGACAUCAUCCUGCACGGUCUGGACCUGGAGAGCGAACACUGCAUGUUUGAGAACCAGAACGGGACGGUGACGCUGGUGCCGCUCGGCGGGGCUCAGUGUUCGGUGAACGGAGUUCAGGUGACCGAGCCGGCGCAGCUGAACCAAGGCGCUGUGAUUCUGCUGGGCAGGACAAACAUGUUUCGCUUCAACCAUCCGAAGGAGGCGGCCAGACUGAGGGAGAAACGAAAGAGUGGUCUGCUCUCCACAUUUAGCCUGUCCAUGACCGAUCUGUCCAAGUCAUGUGAAAACCUCUCCACUGUCAUGCUGUACAACCCCGGGUUGGAGUUUGAGAGACAGCAGCGAGAAGAACUGGAAAAACUCGAGCACAAAAGGAGGAUGAUCAAGGAGAUGGAGGUGAAGCAGCAGAGUGAGAAGGCAGAGCUGGAGCGCCUGCAGCUGGAGGUGGAGACUCAGCGGAAGGAGUCGGAGGAGGUGCAGCAGCGGAUCCUGCGGCAGGAGGAGAGCCUCCGCCGCCGCAGCCAGGACAUCGAGAGCCGCCUGCGCGACCUGAUGGCCGAGAAGGAGCGCUUCGAGGAGGAACGCCGCUCUGAAAUCCAGGACGUGGCCAGUCAUCGGCGGCUGCAGCGGAAGCGGCAGGAGGAGCGGGAAGCGGAGGAGGUGCAGGAGGAGGAGCAGCGGCUGCAGCAGGAGGCUGCAGAGCAAACAGAGAUCUACCGCGAGCUGGAGAAGCUGAAGAGGGAGCGCGAGGAGCAGGCGGUGCGCCUGGAAACAGAGCGGCGGCGUCUGGAGGAGCAGGAGCGGGAGCAGCUGAGUCUGGUAGGGAGGCUGGAGGAGCAGCUAAGAGAGCGACACGAGGCGGCCACCGCCCUGCUGACCCGUGAGGACGCUCGCCGCCUGCAGGAGGAGCGCCGGGCGCUGGCUGAGAUCAGAGAAGUGCUCCUCAAGGCGAAGGAGGCUGGGGAGCGUCCGGACGGGGAGCAGGUGCGAGCUGCUCAGGCCUGUUACACAGACUUCAAGGCAGGCCAGGUGAAGGAGCUGGCCCAGCUGGAGGAGGGGCUCCAGCAGCAGAGGGAGCGCCUGGAGAUGGAGGUGGCCGCCGAACGCAACGCGCUGCUCCUCCUCGCCCACAGCCACAGAGAGCGGCAGCGGCUGCUGAAGGAGACGCAAGAGAGGGGGGCGCAGGAUGCCACGGCGGUCUGCCAGGAGGAGCAGGUCGUCCGACAGGCCGAGCACCGACUGCAGGCUAAGGAGCGUCAGCUGGCCAGCCUGGCGCAGCGCCUCCUCCCGGCCCUGGCUGAGGAGAAGCAGAGAGCAGAGGAGAUGCUGGAGCGCAGCGGCGGCGGCAGCAACGGGAACUGCGAUGGUCCGCCAGAGCUGGACAACACGCUGUACCAGGUGGAGAAGGAGCUGGAGGAGAAGGAGGAGAAGCUGAACCUGCACUGCCACAGCGCCCAGCAGCUGCAGCAGCUGCAGGAGACCUACGAGUUCACAGCCAAUGUGGCGCGGCAGGAGGAGAAGGUGAGGAGGAAGGAGAAGGAGAUCCUGGAGUCGAAGGAGAAGCAGCAGAGGGAGGCCAUGGAGCAGGCGGUGGCCCGGCUGGAGAGGAGGCACUCGGCCCUGAGGCGCAGCUCCUCUCUGGAGCCUGAGUCCGAGGAGCAGAGACGCAGGAGCUCUGUGCUGGGAGGCUCGAGGAGCGGAGUGGAGCUGGAUCAGGAGAGGGUGGAGCGGGAGAUUCAGAAGCUGCGGCAGAGGAUCAACGAGGGUGAAGGAAGCAACAGGUCGCUCACCGUCGGCGGCGAGGACAAAUCCGGCCACGGCGGCUCCUCGGUCGGCUCCAUCCAGAGCCUCGGCUCAGCGCUGCCGCUCUCCGACGACAGGAUAAAUGCGUACAUUGAAGAGGAAGUCCAGAGGAGGCUACGGAAGCUCAAUCUCCUGAACGGCAGCAGCAACAUGGAGCUGUCGCUGUCCUCUGAAUCCCUCAAGGACGAGGAGGAAGUUAGCGACUGUAGCUCUGUUAGAUUAACAGACGAGGAAGAUGAAAAGCUGCAGAACCACAUUAACCCAAGGAAGCUUAAAUAUGAGCAGCGUCUCGUCUCUGUUUCUCUCGGGACGAGCGCCGACUCCAGCAAGGACUCCGUUAAAAUUAGCAUUCCUCGUUACGUGCUGCGAGGCCAGGGGAAGGACGAGCACUUUGAGUUCGAGGUUAAGAUCACAGUGAUGGAUGAGACCUGGACUGUGUUCAGACGAUACAGCCGCUUUCGGGAAUUGCACAAGAGCCUCAAAUUAAAAUACCCAGAGCUGGCUACUCUUGAGUUCCCGCCUAAGAAACUGUUUGGAAACCGAGACGAGAGGAUGGUCGCUGAACGGCGGAGUCACCUGGAGCGGUAUCUGAGGAACUUCUUCAGGGUGAUGCUUUCCUCCUCCUCCAGCUCUCCUCUCAGAGCCGACGCCGACGGCGGGUUUCAGCUUUCCAAACACGCCAUCUGCGAGUUCUCGCCGUUCUUCAAGAAGGGCGUCUUCGACUACAGCAGCCACGGGACCGGCUGACGAUUCUACACUGUUAUUUUUUCAUGAAAACCAAAAACUGCUCGGUGCCUUUCCCAGGCGUCGACCUGGGAGAUUCGCCUCAGUAGGUCAGAAGAGGGAAUUUGCAGGUCAGUUUCCUCUCCCACCUCGUAUCAUUCUCCAAGACGAAUAUCUGAAACAUAUCAGGUGCUGUUUAGCUCUUAACCCAUAUGCAAACAUUGUCAUAAGGAAGUUUCUGGAAGGUUCACUCAUGGACUGGACACUAGUAAAUUCAGCACUUUUGUAUGUUAAAGGUUUCAGUCCAACAUGUUGCGUAUCCAUUUUUUGGGGAAAAAAACAUUUCAUUGGUCAGUAUUUUUAAAAUACAGGCAGCAUCUUCUAAAAUGAUAAUACUUACUACUUAUUCUUAGUAGUAGUACUUAUAUUACUGUAAGGAACGAUCUCAAUAUUGUUAAUACCUUUAAAAAUGUUCAUUCAGUCAUUUUUGCAGAUGUGGUCAGUUUUGAAAAUGGCAGGUACUUCAUGUUGGACUGGGACGCUUUAUUUAUCGUGAAGGCAUGCUAUACAGUCAGACAAUAAACACGUAUAUUAAACAUAUUUACAUGCAGCUAUAGACUUUACGGCGACUCGUUUGCUUGUCUGGUGAUGGCUUUUCACGGCGGUUUUGUACAACUCAACGGGCAGAGCGAGGCACUGACACUGCCACGGCUUCAGGUUCAGCCGCCUGCCAGCUCGGUGCGUCGCAGAAAUGAAAACGUUGUGUUCCAACCUGAAUCCAGAUGAGCCAAAGAGACUGAAAGAACCGAGCUUCUCCUGGAGAAACUGUGACACGUUUCAGGUAAAGCCUCCACCAGACGACCCGGGUUGUGAUCUCUGAGGGCAUUUUAUUAACGCUAAGUGGAGCGCUGCUGCUGCUGUGGCUCAGACUCACGCACCAGAAUAACACUUUUAGUUAUAAAGACAUGUCACCCUCAGUGCUUUGUGUCGGGUUUAACACUCAGAAGACUUUCUCUAAUGUGACCACACCAGUGAUUCUGCAUGUUCAGUGUCUAAUCUCUCCAAAAUGUUCCUGCUGAUCUCCUCCCAGAGCGAGCAGUGGGGUUUCAGAGCUGCCACAUCACUCCUCCUCCCUUUCCUCCAGCCGCUGGUUUCCAUUCAUUCCACUACGAUAUGAACAUGAACUUUCAGAGCCUUCACACUUUCUUCACUCCAGUUUUCCAUCAGCCGAAUAAAGUCCUCCACAUGAGUUUUCCUAAAACCAGCAGCACUGUUGGGUUUUCAGGACUUCUUCAAACCGAAACGCUCCAUCCUCCUCCUCCGCCAGGAAAAAUAGUCCCAGGGAAACGUUUUGCUUUCCACAGCCAAUUAUCAGCUGUGUGCUUUCUAAGUGUUGAGGACUUUGUCAGAGGAAGAAGCAGAACAUUAUAAGGCGGCUGCUUCAACCAGAAAGUUACAGUUUCUGUGUUGUUAAAUCUUUAAUUCUCCUGCAGGAUUUGAUAAAUGGUUUGUUGACAUGGAAAAUGUGGAGAAACUGUAGUGAACAGAGCCAACAUUCAGAAUCACUGGGAUGGUGCUUCAAGGCCGGAAUAGGCAAGAUGAUGUCAUGUUAAAAAAAAAAAAAAGACUCAAUUUAUGUGUCACAUCAAAUAUUUGGGCCGCUUGAAACUGAGAAGACAAUGAAUUGAUUUUUUUUGAUAAUUGCAGGUGUUGGUGAGGUCACUCGAGCAACAACUUAAAACAUAGGAAUGAAAUUGAAGAGAGUCUCUUAACAGCAGCGAGCGAGCACAGAGCUGCACUCAGAAAUUGAGUGAAAAUACACUUUACUGUCAUCACGCUACACGAUUUCUGGGUAAUGAUGUUUUUCAAACUCACUGCCACUGGGAGCUGCCGAAGCAUGAAGCUGCACAGUGCAGCUUUGCAGCAAUACCUGAUUAAAAACCAUAAAUAAAACAACAAGUCUAAAAACAACAGGUGAAUCAAAACUUAAAAAAAGACUUAAAAUAAACUUAAAAUAGAGCAGUGCUGCCCAUGUAACAUAGGAACAAAAAAAAAAAAAGGGGUUGCCAGGCUUUACAGUAAAUUAUAAAUUAUAUUUGACCAAUCAGAUUCCUCCGUUGCUU